UGGUUUUUCUUAAUGCUUUUGUAUACUAAAGUACAAAAAUUAUUACAUAAAUGUUAUCGAAUUUUAAACAUUUAACACAGAAACACGGUACCAAUUAUUAUUGGUUUGAAUGACACAUGAAGUUGUCCUCAGUCAAGACAAUAACAAGUCAAUCAGAGACAAUAUAUUUAGAGAACGGUAACAGAAACGGGGAAUCGCUCUAAGGGGUUAUUCUUGAUCUGAUAUAAUGGCUUUGUCGCCCCAGGCUGACAAUCCCGUUACUACGCGCAGUUUCUUUGCUAUUAGUCGUGCGUAAACAGAAAAAAAUGACGCGCACAUGGCUGCAGUAGCAACAGCAGCAUUCCGAAAGCCAGUGAUCCCGCCUUAGAAUCACGAUGCGUAAACAGCCGUCCUCAUCCUUGGACGUCGCGAAACAGGUCCGCGUCCCCAUCGUCACGCGGAGACGUCACGAGAUUGCAAUACUCAGGGUACUCCCGUAAUUCCGGCGGAUGCGCGUAAACCGCGUGUACAGUCACGUGCACGUGCAUAUCAUGUGUAUACGCGUGUCAAGCUUGGCUACGGCCCUGACUGAGUUAAGAGGAGGCAUUCUACCGUGAUAAAUUCACCAUCACCUGAGCCGUCGUCGCCCGAGUGGGGUGGAAGCAGCGGAGAAAGUACACUUACUUUAUAUAUAUCUGCGCGACGGGGCCAUCGUACGCAUUUUCGAUACCGCUGUCGCUAAUUGCUAAUACGCGCAAUCUCGUGACAUAGAAAAAAAUAGCCGAAAUACGCCGGGGCCACGCACGGAGGGUCAUCGAAAGGAUGAUGCUGAUCGGGCUUCUAGUGUUCGUCACGUGGGCCAGGACCGCCGUGUCGGAGCUGCCUCCUGGAGUAACGUCAUGCCCACGAACGAGCAAUUUAUCGGAAUACGAUAAGUGUGUUUUAAAGCAGCUACAAGCGAUGACGCCGUAUUUCGCCAAAGGAGUGCCUUCGUUAAAGCUACCAGCUUUAGAUCCUUUGUUUUUGCCAUCCUUGACCAUUGAUAGAAACCUAGAAUCCUUGAAAAUCAGGGCCAACAUGAGCCAGAUUCGCGUUUACGGCGGCACGAAUUUCAUUGUGCAGGAUCUCAAAGCGAAUCCCAAUGACUUGACGAUUUCUAUCAAGGUUCGGCUGCCUCAUAUGUAUGUAAACGGCGAUUAUGAUGUUCAGGGUAGGCUGUUGUUGCUGCCUCUAAGCGGAAUUGGUAACUUUAAAGGAAACUUCACUGAUACCGAUGCCCAAGUAAACGCGCAAGCUAAAGAAAUUACCGAUAAAAAAGGCGUCCAGAGGCUCCAGAUCAACAAGUUAGUUACCAAAAUCCGUGUCGGGAGUGGAAAAAUUGUACUCAAGUCACCUCCUGCUCACACAUUAACAGCCGAUGCCGCCGCAACGUUCUUCAAUUCGAAUCCCCGUUUAGUCCUGGAUAUAGCCAGUCCAAUUAUCGAGGAUACAGCCGCGACCGUGAGCAAAGCUCUGGCUGCUAGAGCACUCAGUGUUCUUACUAAGCAAGAACUCGUACCCUAGCUCUUAAAUAGUCGAGUUUCGUUCAGCUGGAUACGUUAUUUGAUCUUCCAUAAAGAAAGGAUAAAAGGCAAAUAUUACUAUGAAUAUUAGCCAAUCUGAUUUAGUCUUUAUCUAUUUCUUUAUUGAGCGUCGUGAGAAUUUUCAUCAGUCGGUGAGGUAAGAGGUGAGUCGGUAGAGUUGUUAGUUUAUGUCCAAAGAAGAUAUUUUAUUAAUUAAUCACGCUGUGCAUGAUCUCAGAGAGAUACUUUGCACCUUUGUACUCGUAUGUAAAACGCACUGAAAUGUUUUCAUUCUUUUAUAUAGCAGAAUUAUAAGAAGACGUAUGUUAUAUAAACUGAUUAACUGACAUUUUCUUAUUUAAGUGACAAAUUGUUAUGUACCUAUUUGCUUGUUAUACUCAUAUAAUUUUAGUAGAUGAUAGUUACAAUCCUGCACAUAAAUAUACGUAUAUUGUGCACGAUCAAUAAAAGGAAUAUUCUAGUUGCGCAAAA